AUGAGGAACGGUGAUAACGGCAAUGAGUGGUGGAGAGUGGAAGAUCGUGGAGACGGUUGUGUGUACGGAUUUGGUUGUUUGCUAAUGGUUACAAAGGCUGCGAUAUGUAGGAGCGGUGGACCGAGGGAGAGAACGAUUUCCAUUUGUCAUAUUUCAAAUGACUUCCUUUUCUCAAGACAACCAACUGUGUCUUUACAGGGAGAGGAUGACUUUUAUAUAAGAUAUUAUACGCUUCAACUUUUGACUGCCCUUUUAACAAAUUCCCCCAUUAGGUCAUAUGAAAUCCAAAAAAUCUUGGUCUUUGAGGGUGCUUUUGAGAAGAUUUUCAGUAUCAUUAAAGAAGAGGGAGGUUCAGAAGGUAGUGUUGUUGUCCAGGCUUUAAAAGAUGCCACAUGGUGUUUCUUGAUUGCUCCCUCGAAUCAAAAAAGACUGAUUUGCCCUCACACUUCAUAAAGCAUUCGCAUAUUGAAAGAUGCAGCUUAGUUAUCUUCAUAUUUACCUAUCCAUGGAUUCCCACUAUAAGUCCCAGUAGAAGCUUUGAUUAGGGACUACCAUGUUACCCAAACCCCAAUGCAGGUGGUGAAAAACAAAGCACAGAUGUACAAACACCAUUGUAUAUUGAUAUAGGUUUUAUUGUUUUAAUGAAUUUUGAGUGUAAAACUA